AUGGUGGAUGUGAAGGCUAAGCCUUUCUCAAACGACAAACGAUGGGUCGUUAUCUAUCCGACAUAUAUCGAUUCAAAGAAGUCGUUACAACAAGGUCGAAAGAUACCUAAAGGACUGGCAGUGGAGAAUCCAACAGCCGUCGAGAUACAUGAUGUUCUGGCAGCAAACGGCUUAAAUCCAGUGUUAGAAGUACUUUUUACUCUUAUGCUUCCUCAAACUCCACGCGGCAAGCUUCAUCCUCGUGAACGUGAUCGCGAACCGGAGAAGUUUGGUCGCGUGCGAAUCAUGCUCAGGAACGAUGACGGCACAGUAAAAAACAAGGACUAUCCUACUAGGAUGGCAUUGUAUAAGUAUGUUGCCAGUAUGAUUCCCAAAUUGAAAACGCGACAACCAGGAUUUCAGACCACAAAUGCAGUCUCAGGCCCAUCAGCGACAAAGAAGAACAAGAAGAAGAAAUAG